CGCACGCUUCACUUUAACUAUUACUAUUACGAGUAGUUAUCAUCAUCAUUUGCUGCUCGUAAAGGAAAGAGUCACAUCUUCCUCAUAGUCGUAGCUGACUGGCUAAUUGAUUCACAUCGAUUGGCAGUUCUUGUGGGACGCUUUUCCUUCUUCUUCUCUCCACUCCACUUUGUCCCUCUCACGUUCCUACCUCUGCCGUCAUAAACCGAAGGCGCCGGUUUUUGCACUACCCAGCCAGAAAUUUGUGAAUUGUGACUCCUCUACGCACCCUUUGACUCUUACAUUCACUUCAAUCCAAAGCCUUCCUCCCUUGAAUUAUUUUUAAUCCGAUACCUCCCUCGUGGCCUGUUCUCUUUUUUCCUUUUUCUACAUUCCCCUUUGCAGAUACCCCACCGCCGCCACCAAAUUUCAACCUCACAAUGCCGAUGCUCAAAGACCCCUCGAAAAAGUACAAGAAGUUUGCGCCACUGAACCUCCCGGACAGGUCGUGGCCAUCCAAGACAAUCGACAAGCCGCCGCGAUGGCUGUCGACGGACCUCCGUGACGGUAACCAAUCCUUGGUCGAUCCCAUGGAUGGAGAGCAGAAGUGGAAGUACUUCCAAAUGCUCGUACAGCUCGGCUACAAGGAAAUCGAAGUCUCCUUUCCCUCUGCCUCACAAACCGACUUCGACUUCACAAGACGUUUAAUCGAGACUCCCGGCGCAGUUCCAGACGACGUCUGGGUGCAAGUCCUCUCACCAUGCCGAAAGGAACUCAUUACCCGAACCGUCGAAUCCCUCAAGGGUGCAAAGAAAGCUCUCCUCCAUCUCUACCUCGCCACGAGCCCAUGCUUCCAGAAGAUCGUUUUCAACAUGAACAAUGCAGAGAGCAAGGCCCUCGCGGUGGAAUGUACAAAGUAUGCGCGAUCGAUUACAAAGGAUGACCCGAGCCAGGCAGGAACAGAAUGGGCCUACGAAUUCUCGCCCGAGACAUUCUCAGAUACUGAUCCGGACUUUGCGCUCGAGGUCUGCGAGGCUGUGAAGGAGGCAUGGGGACCCACCGAGGAGAAUCCCAUCAUCUUCAACCUUCCCGCAACAGUCGAGAUGUCCACGCCAAACGUUUACGCUGAUCAGAUUGAGUACUUCUGCAGGAAUAUCUCCGAGCGCAACAAGGUCUGCGUUUCUCUCCACCCCCAUAACGAUCGUGGAUGCGCCGUGGCUGCCGCGGAAUUGGCCCAAAUGGCCGGUGCCGACCGGGUGGAGGGAACUCUCUUCGGAAAUGGCGAAAGAACCGGAAACGUUGAUCUCGUGACACUGGCCCUCAACCUCUACACACAAGGCAUCCACCCCGGUAUCGACUUCUCCGACCUCAAGUCCGUUAUCGACGUGGUCGAAUCUAGUAACAAGAUCCCCGUGCAUCCUCGCGCCCCAUACGGUGGUCAGCUUGUUGUAUGCGCCUUCAGUGGUUCUCACCAAGAUGCCAUCAAGAAGGGAUUCCACUUGCGAAAGGUGGAGGGCGACACAGACGACAAUCAUUGGCAGGUCCCAUAUUUACCUCUCGAUCCCCAAGAUAUCGGCCGUACAUAUGAAGCCGUCAUUCGUGUCAACUCCCAGAGUGGCAAGGGAGGCGUUGCCUGGAUCAUCCUCCGACAGCUUGAGCUUGACCUUCCCCGUGGUCUGCAAGUCGCCUUCUCCAAGAUCGUCCAGCGCGAGACCGACAACUUGGGUCGCGAGCUCCUUCCUACGGAAAUCACAAAACUGUUCGAGGACGCCUACCACCUCAAGAGGAACAAUCGAUUCUCCCUCGUCGAUUACGAUAUUACCACCGACCGCUCCAAAUCUCCCGCCCCGCCAGAGGCUGGAAAGACGCAGAGCAACCGCAAUCUACAGCGAAGAUUCAGGGGUGUCAUCGAAAUCGACGGCCAGGAGCACACCAUCGAGGGCGUCGGCAACGGUGCGAUUUCCUCCCUCGCAGACGCCCUUAAGCGUCUAGGUAUCGAUCUCGACGUCGCAGACUACAAGGAGCACGCCAUUGGUGGCCACAAGAACGUGAAAGCCGCCACAUACAUUGAGUGCACGGCCGCCGGCUCCACCCAAAAGGUGUGGGGUGUCGGCAUCCAUGAGGAUGUUGUCCAAGCCUCCCUCAUUGCUCUUCUCAGUGCUGCCUCUUCGUUCCUCUCCUCAAGACCAACAACCCCAAUUCCAUUUCGCCCUAAGAGAAGCGAUACCCUGGAUAUUCCCAACGGUGACUUGAGCCCAAAGGAUCACAAACCUGCCAACGGAAGCCCUCUCGUGCAGCGUCUUGAGGCCAGCGUCAACGGAACGCAAUAGAUUGCAACAACGCAAGCAAUGCUAACAACAAAAAGAUGAAGAAAAAGAGAGAAAACCGAGCAGUCCCAUACCUAAAAAUCUGUACUUUCGUUAUAUUCCCUUUUUCAAAAGUCAGAGACGCGAACAACUGAUUUGGAAUCCUAUAUCAUGGGUGUGCCUUUUUUGCAUAUUGUUUCGCAUUUCACAUAGGGAGAAUGACGGCGUUGUUUUUCACUCCAAUGAGGAUAUGUGUUUCGUUUCCUAUACAGAAUCGAGACCGAACAAAAAAAGGCUAUUUUCACUCCUCACUAGGAUCAUCUAGUGAAGGAGAAAAAGUUCUCAUUCUUCUUCUUUUUGGAAUCAAAACCUUGAAAGGAGAUUGUGUGUAUGUAGUCAGUCUGAUGGACCAAAUAUUAUCAUCAUGUUCAAACGCAU